AUGUCCACCGUGGAGAAAAUCAACGCACCUGAGAACCCAUCCUACUCUCAUAUUCUCUCCCAUGCUACGAAAGUUCCUGGACUCAUCUUCUUGAGUGGUCAGACACCAGUGGGUGCAGAUGGCAAAUUAGUUGCAGGAGGAAUCGAGGAGCACACGGCGCAGUGCAUUGCUAACUUGGGUAACGUGCUGAAGGCUGCUGGCUCUUCCUGGGAGAAGGUCGUGAAGGUCAACGUUUACCUCAAAGAUAUGGACAACUUCUCUGCCAUGAACGAGGUCUACGAGAAGCUGUUACCAACUCCGAAGCCGGCACGGACGUGCAUCCAGGCUGCUAAGUUACCUGGGGGUGUUGAUGUUGAGAUCGAAGCAAUUGCAGCUGCAUGA